ACCGUUCUGAGCGGCGAUUGCUGAGGAGAAAGACAUGGAGACGGGCCGGGGGCUUUUCCUGCGGGCGGCGGCGGCGUGGCUCUGCUUGGUCGGGGCAGCCUCUGCCUCGGCGCCCCCUCAGCGCUACACCCCCGACUGGCCCAGCUUGGACGCCCGGCCGCUGCCGGGCUGGUUCGACGCCGCCAAGGUCGGCGUGUUCGUCCACUGGGGGGUCUUCUCGGUGCCGGCCUGGGGCUCCGAGUGGUUCUGGUGGCACUGGCGGGGCGAGAAGCAGCCCGACUUCGACCGCUUCGUCCAGGCGCGCUUCCCGCCUGGCACCAGCUACGCGGACUUCGCCCCCCGCUUCACCGCCCACGACUUCCAGCCCCGGCAGUGGGCGCGGCUCUUCCAGCAGGCCGGCGCCAGAUAUGUGGUGUUGACGACAAAGCAUCAUGAAGGCUUCACCAACUGGGGGUCCAACGUGUCAUGGAACUGGAAUUCGGUAGAUACGGGGCCCCAUCGAGACUUGGUGGGUGAACUGGGGGAUGCUCUCAGAGAAAGGAACAUACACUAUGGACUGUACCACUCCCUCUUUGAAUGGUUUAACCCGCUCUAUUUAUUGGACAAAAAAAAUGGCUUCAAGAGUCAGUUUUUUGUCUAUGGCAAGAUCCUGCCUGAGCUUUAUGAGCUUGUCUUGAGAUACAAGCCAGAUCUCAUUUGGUCUGAUGGAGACUGGGAGGCACCAGAUACUUACUGGAACUCAACCUCUUUCCUCGCCUGGCUUUACAAUGACAGUCCAGUCAAGGAUACUGUAGUGGUGAAUGAUCGAUGGGGCAUCAAUUGCUCUUGCCACCAUGGAGGUUUCUAUAACUGUCAAGAUAAAUAUGAGCCUGGCACUCUGCCAGACCACAAGUGGGAGAUGUGCAGCUCUAUUGACAGAAGAUCUUGGGGGUAUCGAAGCAACAUGCAAAUCAAUGAACUCAUGGAUGAAUCCAGCAUCAUUCAGGAACUUGUGCAAACUGUGAGCUAUGGUGGAAACUAUCUUCUCAAUGUGGGACCCACAAAAGAAGGGGUGAUUGCUCCAGUCUUCCAAGAGAGGCUCCUAGCCCUUGGGAAGUGGCUAGGCAUUAAUGGGGAGGCCAUUUAUGAAUCAAAGCCAUGGAGAAUACAAAAGGAGAAUUGCACUUGCAGCACAUGGUACACUUCAAAGGGAGCAACAGUCUAUGCCAUCUUCUUGACCUGGCCAGAAAGCAGUGUGUUGAUUCUUCCAUCACCUGUCUCAUCUGCAACUACCAAAGUGACUAUGUUGGGAUUCUCUGAACCUUUGAAGUGGCAGGUAGCCCCAGACAAAGGACUGAAGAUCAUGCUGCCCUCGGCUGUUCCUUCACUUCUCCCUCUGCAGCAUGGCUGGACUCUUAAGCUAGUUGGAGUGGCAUGAUGGUGAAGUUGGAAGGAAAUUGAGGAACGUCUGUUUCUCUCUCAAUGACGAACCAUUCAAGCUGGUGUGAUUAGUGGCAUGAAUGGGUUUGAAAUUGUGGGUGGGUGGGGCUUAAAAGAUGGGUCUGCAAUGCAAUGCAGUGUUUAUGUGUUAGCAAUCCUCAGGUGUUGCAUUUCAGUAGGGAGAAACCGAAGAACGGGCACUCUCCCGGCAGGAUUUAAUUUGCCUGACACAAAUGUCCAAAAGCACUCUGCUGUAAUGCAUUGAGCAUCAUUUGCACAGAAUGAGAACUGUCUCCAGUAACUUCUCGGGGAAAUCAACUUGGGCUGUGACGAGUUCCACUUCACUUACAUGUUAUGGGAAACUAUACCUAGUGGCUAACUGAACACCAAAGUUAUUGUGAUCUUGGCCACUUAGCUUGAAAUAAACUGUGAUCCUUGACUUAGCAUUA